AUGUUCUCUCAGCGAAGAUUUAACAGCUCUGAGCUACCAACGAGAACAGAAGAAUCUGAACUGAAGGUAUUUUGCUCUAAAAACAUACUGAGCAUCCUUGGUUUCUCCUGCAUCAUCGCUGUGAUAGCAUUGCUCGCUCUGGGGCUGACCCAGAACAAAGCACUGCCAGAAAAUGUUAAGUUUGGGAUUGUGCUGGAUGCGGGCUCCUCUCACACGAGUUUGUACAUCUAUAGAUGGCCGGCAGAAAAGGAGAAUGACACGGGGGUGGUGACUCAGAUAGAAGAAUGCAAGCUAAAAGGUCCCGGAAUCUCAGGCUUUGCUAAGAAAUUACAUGAAAUCAAUGUUUAUCUGACCGCGUGCAUGGAAAGAGCCAGGAAGGUGAUCCCAUCAGCCCAGCACCCAGAAACUCCUGUUUACCUGGGCGCCACGGCCGGCAUGCGGUUGCUCAGGAUGGAAAAUCAACAGAUGGCAGACAAGAUCCUGGAUGCGGUUGCAAACAGCAUCAACAAGUACCCCUUUGACUUCCAAGGUGCCAGAAUCAUCAGUGGCCAGGAGGAAGGUGCCUAUGGCUGGAUUACUGUCAACUAUUUGCUGGGCAAAUUCACUCAGAAAUUGAGUUGGUUUAACCUGAAGCCAAGCAAAGAUGAUACUCAGGAAACCUAUGGAGCUUUAGACCUUGGGGGAGCCUCUACACAAAUCACUUUUGUGCCCCAAAAUGAAAUGAUCGAGUCUCCAAACAACAACCUGUACUUUCGCCUCUAUGGCAAGAACUACAGUGUGUACACACACAGCUUCCUGUGCUAUGGGAAGGACCAAGCACUCUUGCAGAAACUGGCCCUGGAACUUCAGGGUACAAGUGAAAUCGUCCAUGAGCCAUGCUUUCACUCCGGAUACUUGAGGAAAAUUAAGAUGAGUGUCUUCAACGAAGGUGUCUGUGCCAGGAGAUAUAUGUCGAGUUCUUCAUACCAUCCAUUCUUUGACAUUGAAGUCCGUGGCACUGGAAACUUCCAACAAUGCCAACAAGGCAUCAUUCAACUCUUUAACUCAAGUUACUGCCCUUACUCCAGAUGCUCCUUCAAUGGGGUUUUCUUGCCACCACUCCAAGGGCAGUUUGGGGCAUUUUCAGCUUUUUACUAUGUGAUGGAGUUUUUAAACCUUACAUCACAGGAACAUAUAUCUACGAAAAAGUUGACUGAGAAGUUGGAAGAGUUCUGCGCUCAGAGUUGGGAAGAGGUGCAUCUGAAUUUUGGCGACGUGAAGGAGGUGUACCUGAGUGAAUACUGCUUCUCUGGCACCUACAUCCUGGCUCUCCUCCUCAACGGCUACCACUUUACAGAUGAGACCUGGAAAAAUAUUCACUUCAUGAACAAGAUCCGGAGCACCAGCGUUGGGUGGACUUUGGGCUACAUGCUGAACCUGACCAACAAGAUUCCAGCUGAAGAGCCAAUGUCCGCACCCCUCUCCCACUCCACCUAUGUCUUCCUCAUGGUCCUCUUCUCCCUGAUCCUGGUUGCAGUGAUCAUCGUAGGCAUACUUGUCUUUCACAAGCCUUCGUAUUUCAGGAAAGACAUGAUAUAG